GUCGCGUCUUGAAUAACGCAGUAAACACAACUUUAGUCACGUUUUUUAUUACCUUAUGCGGUCAUUCUCGAGGAACGCCCAUGAGAACGAGGUGCUGCGAGAGAAUUACGUGUCCGUUUGAAAUCGACUUGGUGGAGGUCGAAGUCACGUAGAAAACCGGGUUACGGGGGACACCGUUUUCCGUAGCGAGAUGCAGCACCAGAAAAUGGCAAAUACCGCUGCGGUAAUACACAAGGGCAAGGAGGAAGAUAUCCUCGAGUGUUUUCUUUAUCCCAAGUUCUGUUACGCGUCCGAUCCGGACGCGGUGACGGAGACGCAGCUGAGUGAGGAGAUCGCCAAGUAUAACGAGGAAAUUGCUUCGCUUAUCGUCGAUCAUAUCUGGCACAGUGACAGCUUGAAUUUCCGUCCUAGAACCAAGCAAGCGAUGUUGUUAAAUAGGAUUCUCGAAGGAUCAGCGGUAGAGGAAGAUUAUCACACCCUGCCUCACAUUUAUGCGAAUCUGCGUUUUGACGAGGACAUAGGCGACGAAUGGUUAACAGUGUACCUAAUAUUUAGGCUUACCAAAGUUUUCGAUGGAUUGAUUGCAAGAGUGGUAGACUCGGAUGGGGAGUUUCUUUUGAUAGAGGCUGCUAACGUCCUACCAUUGUGGGCCAGUCCUGAGACGUGUCAGGAUCGAGUAUUUAUUCACAGCGGCGACAUACACGUUAUCAGAGAACGUGGAACGUCGUUUCCUAAUUUGCUAAACAACAUAAAUGGCAAGCCGCAUAUCUCCAAGAUGUCUGAGAAAGUACAACUUGUGUUACAAAAGAAAAUUGGCAUUUAUCCUGACGAAAUUCAGAAGAGAAAGCACAAAGCUAGGGCGUUCCUUCCAGAGAAAGCGGCCUCUAUAUUACGUUUGGAACCGAGAUUCGUAGCUCCAGUGAUUAGAACGAUCUGCCAUUCGGAUCCACUUGAGCGCAAGGUUUGUCGCGCCAUGAGAUAUUUUCCUCCCGAACAAAGAACUAUGGUCAAUGUCAGAAUGACCAGAUGUUUGUACGCGAUGGUGACGCAUUGUCGUUAUACUGGCGAUCCAAGAACAGGUUGGAACAUACCACCUGCGACUUGCUCAAAAUAUAAUGCUCAUGUUCUUGGAGUUAAGAUAGCAUGUGGUUUAGAAAUGCUAGUAGCUCGGGCCAACGAAGAACGUAGGAAACGUACCAGAGAGCAAUCGGGCGUUACUGACGACGCUGAGAAGUUAAAGCUGAACGAAUCAGCGUUCAAUGCUUAUCUAGCGCGUUUAGAGGCAAACGGUUACUUUAGAAAUCUGCUGGAAGGUAGCCAGGAACGUGAUAAGCUGCUCUCAACGGCGAAAGAGUAUUUCUUGAAGCAUGCGUCUUUAUUUGAUAAUCUGACAAAUUUGUACGAAAGCGAUGCUCAAAAAGUUUUAGAAGCAUGGGAGAACAUACAGACGAAUGACAUUGAAAUGCAUGCUCAGGACGAAACUAUGCUGAGUCCCGCGAACAGCGACAGUUGGCUGAACGUGGAUCCGGCGCAAUUAGAUACGUACUUAAAUCAGCAAUGGGGCAGCAUUAAAGACAGAAGAUUGGAUCAGGAAUCUUUGAGUCUCAGAGAAAAGGUGCAGUCAUUCCUCAACCAAACCAGUGACGUCGAUGGCGUGCAUUUCUUAGGGGAACAAUCAAUGGAUAACGAUGUACAAGAUGCGGAGGACGGGGCGCGAAUAGACUUCGACGCGGACGUAUUCGAUAGCACGUUGAGGGGCAUCCUUGAUUUAGUCGUGCCGGGAGGAGAGGGUGAGUUCGAGGGCAGCUCGGAGGGAUCGCUGGGCGGAGAUGACGAGGAUAAGGGGGGCGAUAUGGACAAGUACAUGCGGUUGUUAGAUUCGCAGUUGCAGUCGCAGAUGGUAAACGAUGAGAGCUCGAUGGUGAACGAUAGCACGGAUACCGUAGAGGCAAAUUUGCGGGAGAGUAUCGAGGCCGAGGCCGGCGGCUCGGGCCCGGCUGGAAACAUAAUCGGCGGCCCUGUUCGAAGGUUAAUGCACUUGCAGCUGCAAUCGCCUACGACGGUGCCGCCGGAUUUGCAAAGUUAAUGGCACCUUUAGUCGACAAUUAAUUACUCAGUUGGCUCACAUUAACGAUCGCAACCCCAUUAUUGGAACUCUCGCUUCAUUCUGCAAGAUACAUAAGCAUUCGCCAUUUAUAUCAUGGAUUAUUAAAAUCUUGUUACUAUCCAAAUUAUUAUUACAUUUAUUACUUAAAAUAUAUAUACUUAACGUUA